CAACUAACAAAUGGAGAAAAACAAGAGAGGAAAUGGUUAGUCUACUCAAAACUUGGAGAUAAGAUAUUUUGUUUUUGUUGUAAAUUGUUCAAGCAAGAUGGAGUUAAAAUGCAACUGGCCACGGAAGGUUUUAAUGCUUGGAAAAAUAUUUCAAGCAGGCUAAAGGGUCAUGAAUGCAGUAACGAUCAUAUUAUCUGCAUGAGUCGGUGGAUUGAAACCGAGACGAGAAUGCGUAAAAGAGAAACAAUUGAUAAAUCUUUGCAAGAAAAGAUGAAUAAUGAGAAGGACUAUUGGCGACAAGUCCUAUUAAGGAUAAUUGCUCUUGUUAAAACUCUUUCACAACAAAACUUGGCAUUACGUGGUAGUAAUGAGACACUUUUCGAAGAUGGCAAUGGAAACUUUUUGAAAUUCAUUGAGAUGAUGGCAAUAUUUGAUCAUAUAAUGCAGGAGCAUGUCAGGCGAAUCCAAAUGAGUCAGAUUCACACUCAUUAUCUUGGUCCCAAAAUUCAAAAUGAAUUGAUCCAAUUAUUGGCAAGCGAGGUCAAGUGCACGAUAGUGGAGAAAAUAAAAAAAGCAAAGUAUUUCUCAAUUAUACUUGAUGUUACUCCAGAUUCUAGUCAUGAAGAACAAAUGACUCUUGUGAUUCGAUGUGUAGAUGUUACGGUAAGUCCAGUGAAAGUGGAGGAGUACUUCUUGGGCUUUCUCAAAGUAGAUGAUACCACAGGACUUGGACUUUUCAGCGAACUUGAAGAGGCGUUAAAAAAUCUUCAACUUGAUAUUAAAGAUAUAAGAGGCCAGGGAUACGACAACGGUUCUAAUAUGAAAGGAAGACAUAAAGGUGUGCAAAAAAGAUUAUUGGAUCGAAAUCCAAGAGCAUUCUAUGUACCAUGCGGCUGCCACAGUCUCAAUCUUGCACUCAGUGAUAUGGCUGGUUGUUGUUCACAAGGUAAAAACUUUUUUGGCAUUAUUCAGCGUAUAUAUUGUUUGUUUUCAGCUUCAACAAAACGAUGGGGCAUCUUAAAAAAUAAUGUGAGUGGCCUUACACUUAAGCCAUUGUCACAAACACGAUGGGAAAGUCGCCUUGAAAGCGUAAAACCAUUACUUCUUCAAACUGAAGAAAUAAGGAAUGCUUUAUUGGAUUUGGCUAAUAGCAAAUGAAAGCUUGGAGAGUAGUUGUAUGAAACUUGAAGAACAUUUGAAAUGUGGUACAUGUUCUGAUGUUAAUGGGCGAGAUCUGUUUUCGGAAUUGAGAAUGUUAAGAGAACUUUUGCCAAAAGAGAUUGAAAAGGCAAUUGGAGUAUUGAAUUAUUUGAAAGAAAUGAACACUUGUUUCCCGAAUGCAUGGAUUGCUUAUAGAAUACUCCUCACUGUACCUGUUACAGUUGCCUUUGCAGAGAGAAGUUUCUCAAAGUUGAAGUUGCUUAAAUCUUACCUUCGGUCAACUAUGUCCCAAGAAAGACUGAAUGGAUUAGCUAUUCUAUCCAUUGAAAAACAUAUUACAGGGAAGCUUGAUUUUACGAGCCUGAUCGAUAAAUUUGCAGCUAAGAAAGCAAGAAAGAUAAUAUUUUAUGAUUGGUAAAUGUAUUUUUGUAUUGAAUAUUUAUGAAUUAUGAAUUUAACUACAUUAUGUAUUUUUUUUAUGUUGUUAUUUUGUUAUAUUUUUUUUUUAACAUAAUCAUCGUUAAAGGGGGCCUCAUUUUUCGUCUUUCUCCUUCUCCGCCUUGGGCCUCUCGGACUCUAGGACCGG